UUGGAUAAUGAAUCGCCUGCUUAGGUCACAAAUAGGAAGCGGGUUAAUUGACAUCUGCCAACCAUAGCUUUUGUCGCUUACAAUGCUCCUGGAGCCGUCCUUAUAUUCUAUUAAUAGCAUACUCAUCUUAGAUAGUGAAGGGAAGCGCAUUUUAACGAAGUAUUAUGACUCAUCGUUUCCAACUGUUAAGCUUCAACUCGAAUUCGAGUCGAAACUCUUCAAAAAAACAAGCAAAACUAAUGGCGCGGAAAUCACGUUGCUGGACGGCGCGACCUGUGUUUAUCGUAACGUGGGCGAUCUUUACUUUUAUGUUGUUGGGGAUGCUAACGAAAACGAAUUAUUACUCGUCAGUGCCCUUCAGUGCUUGUACGAUUCUGUCAGUCAAGCUCUGAAACGAUCAGUCGAAAAGAAAACACUGAUGGAUAAUCUAGAUUUAAUUUUCCUUAUAGUUGAUGAACUGUGUCAUAAUGGCAUACUUUUAGAGUCCGACGCAACCGCCUUAGUGUCUCGAGUUGGCGCAAGGACAGACGAUAUCCCACUUGGAGAGCAAACUGUAGCACAGGUAAUUUUAGCUCCUUUUUGCUAGUAUCUACGUUGAGUAGGUCAGUCUAUGUUUAACAUAAUUUCGUUGUAGAUGUACCUUUAAGUGCGGUUCCUUUAGUCACUACUUUUACAUGAUUUGGUCUCAUAUGAUGAGGUAAAGUGGAAAAAUAAGCCUUAAUAUACAAAAACCAACGAUAUGAUAUACUGUUAAACGCUAAUGGUUUUUCAUCUGUUGAAAAAGCCUGUUUUAUUGCAGUGAAAGGUCACCAACAUAUUGACGGAAGGUUUCCAGUUUGGUUUUCUACUCAUCUGUCAACUGUUACUGGUGUAGAUUCACAACAAAUGUUGCUUCUCUCAUAAGCAGUGUGUUGAUUGUUUGAGAAACGUGUCUGCCGAAAGACUGCCACAAAGUUUGCUUUUAACCAGCUCAAGUCUAUUCGCUAACUGGAUCAUAAUCACUCAUCUUUAACGUAAAGCCUAGCACAGAUGUGUGUGGACCAAAGUUCCCAUGUCACAUCAGUACAAGCGUGAACGACAACCUUGCUGUGUUCAUUUCAUUAGAUAAUUUUUAGUCAAUUGUUUUUAAAAUCAAAAUACAUAAAAUUCUUCUUUUUCACAACAUACAGGCUAUCCAAAAUGCAAAAGAACAAAUACGCAUGUCUUUAAUCAAGUAGUUCAGUGAAAAGGAAAUAAAUACUUAUUUUCACUGUUUUUUGAUGGGAACUAUGGGUCGGUAAUUGAGUAAUAACUUUUGUAUCUACUCCAACAUUUGUCACAUUACAGUUGUUCAUAUUU